AUGGUUUUUCCAAAGUUCUUCGUUCUUCUACUGUCGCUAGCAUAUGCUCUGGCAACUGAUGCUAAAUUCGAGACCGGUGUGCCGAAGGACAGCGACCUACACUUUUUAAUUGAUCCUGGAUUCCAAGUUAACAAAGCCGAACUCAACGGUACUGCCUUCGAAGUGUGUACGGAUAAGAAGACUUCUAAUUGCUACACGGACGACCCGGCAACUCUUGUGAACUUCUACAUAAAGACUACGAACGAUGUCAAAAAACUGAAGUUUGAAGGCGCUAGUGGCGUAAGCAAGACCUUUACUGCCACUUCUGCAGCUACAUCGGCGGAAAACAUCAACAACGAUGGAACUAAAGCCGCCGAAGAGAAGUUCAAGCUUCCAUUCGUGCCAACCAAAAUAGUUCCGUUAGGGGCUGACGAGAAUUCAGUUGGCCAGGAUAAGGAAGUGGCAGACAGCAAGAAUAAGAACUGCAGAAAAACAGGCCCUGAUAAUUGCCUUAGUAUUAUGGAAGAAUUCUCACAUAUCAACAUGACAGCCACAAUCGAGACGACGGCGUUGUUGCUCAAACUAACUGGUGCCGACCCGGCAACCCAAACCAUUGAAGCAACCUUCGUUCCCAUCUCUUCGGCCGUUUGGAUGCCACGCUCCACUGCCGUCAUUUUGGCCACUCUGGCCAUCAUGGCCUACUUCUAUUAG